UUAGUCUCUCUUUCUCUCUCUCCUUUUCUCGAUCCAGAGACAAGAGGAGAGAGAGAAAUAGACCAGGGAGGAACUUGUGUUUUGAUCAUGGAACAUGAGAGACCUGACGUAGAGAGACCUGAGUCACGUGAUCUUCUUCUUCCGGUAUGCGGAGUUCCACCGGCAUAUUCCCCGCUUCUCAGCCCGACCCGUUUUUUCCCAUUGUCGGGAGAACCGAGUCCGAGACAAACGAUAAAGCGUGGGAAGAAGAACAGAUUAAUCCGUACUUGGUACGAGCAAAGAACGGCUACAACAGCCAUCGGCGUAAUCGUCAUUUUGGGCGUCUUCUUCCUUGUGAAUUGGUUAAUGCUCUCUCGUCUUCACGAAGGACGAGUUUGGCUUCGAAAAGGGUUCGCUAAGAAUACAUACCAGAUCCCUAAAUGGGUUUCUUCUACACAGAACGUUGAGGUUAGAAGGUUUGGAAAAUCAAAAAGAAAACAUAAUGGAACAUAUGAUAGAAUGUUGGAUUUGGCCGCUCAGGCUUUGCUAGAGAACAAACGUGAGCCAAAAGAGUUAUGGCAGGAGCCAAAGGCACAAGCUUUGGCUUGGAAGCCAUGCGCUGAUCAACGCUCUUGGUCUCCUGAUGAUGGAGAAAAUGGAUAUAUUAUGGUAACUGCAAACGGAGGGAUAAAUCAACAAAGAGUUGCUGUAUGUAAUAUCGUUGUUGUAGCUCGUUUGCUCAAUGCGUCUCUAGUCAUUCCAAAAUUCAUGUUAAGCGACGUUUGGACAGAUGCAAGUCAGUUCGGAGAUAUUUAUCAAGAGGAACAUUUUAUCAAAUACUUGUCGCCUGAUAUUCGGAUAGUAAAGGAGCUACCAAAAGAGCUUCGAUCUUUGGAUCUUGAAGCAAUCGGCAGCGUUGUUACGGAUGUGGAUGUGAUGAAAGAAGCCAAACCAGACUUCUAUAUGAAACACAUUCUCCCUAUACUACACAAGAACAAAGUAAUCCAUUUUGUUGGAUUCAGCAACCGCUUGGCCUUUGAUCCAAUGCCAUUUGACUUACAGAGGCUUCGGUGCAGAUGUAACUUCCACGCGCUAAACUUCGUCCCGAGAAUACAAGAAACAGGAGCGUUGAUCGUGAAGAGGUUGCGUAACAGCAGUGGAUCUUACCUUGCACCACUUGACGUGCAUCUCCUCGGUCCAAAAUCCGCUUCUUCUUUAAUCUUGCACAACAAGUCUGAUCCUCCUGCGCGGAAGAAGGCUUCUUCUUCUAUUUCUUCUAAGUAUCUUGCUCUCCAUCUACGGUUUGAAAUAGACAUGGUGGCUCACUCUCUCUGUUACUUCGGAGGAGGUGAAAGGGAACAGAAAGAGUUGGAUUCUUAUCGCCAAAAACACUUUCCCUCCCUCUCCACUCUAACCAAAACAAAAAAAUUCCCAUCUCCAGAUGCUUUGAGGACGGAAGGACUUUGUCCAUUAACACCUGAAGAAGCCGUGCUUAUGCUCGUGGCUCUUGGCUUCAACCGUGAAACUCGAGUCUUUGUAGCUGGUGCACAUAUAUACGGAGGAAACAAAAGGUUAGCUGCCUUAACCAGCUUGUACCCUAACCUAGUCACCAAAGAGAAACUACUCUCUCCAUCUGAGUUACAACCUUUCAAGAACUUCUCUUCUCAGCUAGCGGCUUUAGAUUUCAUCGGUUGUGCUGCGGCAAACGCUUUUGCGAUGACGGAUUCAGGGAGCCAGUUAUCGUCUCUUGUAUCGGGUUAUCGGAUAUAUUAUGGAGGUGGGAAGAUGCCGACGAUUAGACCGAACAAACGGAGACUUUCGGACAUAUUGUUGAAGAACAAUACGAUAGCGUGGAACGUGUUUGAGAAGAGAGUGAGAAAAGCGAUUAGACAGACAAAACAUGUCUUCGCUAGACCUACUGGACGCAGUGUUUACCGUUACCCAAGAUGUAAAGAAUGCAUGUGUAAUGAUCAAUAACUUUGUUUCUUUUUUUUUUCUUUUUGGCCGUUCGGUUAUAUUGAGAUGGUUCUUUAUGUAACCUCCUAACGAGGGAUCCUUUUUUAUCCUUUUUUCCGGCAUUGUAAUCCCUUAAAAGUUAACACGUUCGAGUUGAGUUUCUGUAAUGAAUACAUGGUUUUGGU